AUGGCCUUCGGGUUCCAGUCGGAGGCAACACGGCAAGAUCUCUUUCUCGUAGCCGGGACCGGGCUCUUUUCGAUCGCCCUGUUCGCGACACGGGUCGUCCCCGACAUCGUGGCCACCCUGCUGGUGUUUCUGAUCAGCCUCGCCGUUGCGGUCGCACCGGCCGGAAUCGUCUUUUCAGGACUUGCGUCAGGGGGAUUCUGGCUUCUCGUCGGAGGCAUCGUACUGGGGGUCGCGGUCGUUACCACGGGACUCGGGACGCAAAUCUCGAACCGGAUGCUCGCGCUUUCGGGCCUGUCCUAUCAGAGGGCCGUUCUGGUCGUGGCAACAGCCGGGUUCCUGCUUGGCAUUCUCAUUCCCUCCACCAUUCCACGCGUUCUGAUCCUGAUCCCGGUCGCCGUAUCACUUGGCACUUCUCUUGGUUUUCCGGCCGGAAGCCGCGGGACGAUGGGCCUUUGUGCCACAGCUGCCGUCAGCACCUUGUUGCCGACUUACGCCAUCUACACGGCCAACCUGCCGACAAUCGUCCAGUUUGGCGCUCUGGAAAGCCUGUAUGGCCUGAAAACGACCUAUUCCGGUUAUUUUCUGGCCCAGUUUCCGGUCAAUCUGCUGCGCUUUGCCGUCCUUCUGGCCGUCUUGUGGCGGUUCAGCACGGACAAACCCGAUCCCCAACACCUCCAGCCCGGCGCCGGAGCAAAGCUGACGGCACCCCAGACACGUCUUCUCGUGCUGCUCGUGUGCGCAAUCACGCUCUGGGCGAGCGACUUCGCGCACGGUAUCCAGCCAGCCUGGAUCGCACUCGCGGUUGCCACUCUCGUGCUCUGGCCGAAGAUGGAAAUUCUUCCCAAGUCCGCGAUGAAGGACAAGAUUGACCUCACACCGGCACUGCUGUUCAGCGCGAUCUUUUGCGUCAGCGCGCUUGCCCGUCACGUCGGUCUGGAUGUUGCGCUGGCCAAUACACUGAUCGGGAAGCUGGCCUUGGAGCCGGGUCGGGAUUUCUGGAACAUCUAUGCCGUAUUCGGGUUUUCCGUCGUGUUGUCGCAUCUGACAACGGCACCGGCUGCACCGCUCGUUCUUGCGCCGUUUGCCGAACCGCUGGCAACGGCGACCGGUUUGCCGAUCGUAACAGUUGCAAUGGUCCAGAUGAUCGGGAUUGCGAGCCCGCUUCUGCCCUACCAGGCACCUCCACUUCUCAUUGCCAUGUCGCUUGCCGAUAUCUCCACCGGGUUGCUAACCCGGAUCUGCCUGGCACUUUUUGCCGCCGUUGUGCUUUUGGGGCUGCCACUGACAAUUUUCUGGUGGCAGUUUACGGGCUUGUUGCCCGCGCAUGGGUGA